CGCCCCCGACCGGCCCUGAGUCAGGCCCUACCCAGUGGGCUACUGGAAGUGCGGCGCGGCCGCCCGAUUUCGCCGGAACCCCGGCAAUCCCUGAUUUCCCGGCCGAGGUGCGCCGUUAGGAUCCGUCCUAAGGCUGGUCUGGCCUCAGAGGGGUGAAUCUGCAGCCCGCAGGGACAGUCGCGCUCCCUCCGCCGCACCUUGUCCUCGCCCCGCGCCCGGCCGGAGGAGGAGCAACGAGCAACGCGAGUCCCGGGCCCGCAGUGGUCGGCGGAAGUCCAGGUGUUUCCGGACCCUGGAGACACAGGCCCAGAGCCUGAGAGCCCUGAGAGAGGUGGGCUGAUUCACCAAGGCACACCCAGUCUCUGCAGGUGCCCAGGCUGAGAUGCUGCACCCCAAGAUGCAUUGCCCCAGGCUAGCCCUGGGCCUGGGAUUCUGCCUGCUGGUGGGCAUGGCCCUCUACUGUCUGUGGGUGUAUGUGGAGAGCUCGCUGCCAGUCUCCUACGUCCCCUAUUAUCUCCCCUGCCCAUCGAUCUUCAACAUGAAGCUGCAGUACAAGGGUGAGGAGCCGUUCCAGCCCGUGGCACAGUCACAGUACCCUCAGCCCAAGCUGCUGGAGCAAAAGCACACCAGGCUACUGACACUCACACCCUGGUUGGCGCCCAUCGUCUCUGAGGGAACCUUCGACCCUGAGCUUCUGCAUCACAUCUACCAGCCGCUGAACCUGACCAUCGGGCUCACAGUGUUUGCGGUGGGGAAGUACACCCAAUUCGUCCAGCGCUUCCUGGAGUCGGCCGAACGCUUCUUCAUGCAGGGUUACCGAGUGCGCUACUAUGUCUUCACCGAUGACCCCACGGUCCUUCCUCGGGUCCCGCUGGGCCCCGGCCGCCUCCUCAGCAUCGUCCCCAUCAAGAGGUACUCCCACUGGGAGGAGAUCUCCACACGCCGGAUGGAGACCAUCAGCCAGCACAUUGCAGAGAGUGCGCACCGGGAGGUGGACUACCUGUUCUGCGUCGAUGUGGACAUGGUAUUCCGGAACCCAUGGGGCCCGGAGACCUUAGGGGACCUGGUGGCUGCCAUUCACCCAGGCUACUUCGCUGUACCCCGCCAGCAGUUCCCCUACGAGCGCAGGCAUGUGUCCACUGCCUUUGUGGCUGACGGCGAGGGAGACUUCUAUUAUGGUGGGGCGGUCUUUGGGGGGCGGGUGGCCAGGGUGUACGAGUUUACCAGGGGCUGCCACAUGGGCAUCCUGGCGGACAAGGCCAAUGGCAUCAUGGCGGCCUGGCAGGAGGAGAGCCACCUGAACCGUCGCUUCAUCUCACACAAGCCCUCCAAAGUGCUGUCCCCCGAGUACCUCUGGGAUGACAGGAAGCCCCAGCCUCCCAGCCUGAAGCUGAUCCGCUUUUCUACACUGGACAAGGACACCAACUGGCUAAGGAGCUGACGGCAGAGUCCAGGCUGCUGUGGAUGGGGGGACCCCAAGCCCUGCACCCAGUUCGCCCCAGUGAGUACCCAGCCCCCCAGCCCCCAGUGCAGCCUACUUGCAACAGUGCCUCACUUCCCAAGCCUUAGCUGAGACCAGCCCUGUGUCGCCUGCCUCCCAGUCUGCCAGCAGAAUCCAGAGGGAAAAUGGGCGUGUAAAGACCUUUGCAAACUGUAAAGGGCCAUGCUCACACUAGAAGAAUGCAAAGAUCACACAGCACGUGGCCCCAGAAUGGUCGAAAGGGAGGAAGGGAGACUAGAGGUGGAAGGAGACAGGGCCCGCAGGCCUCACCCCACACACGUGCCUUGGGGGCGGGCUCUGGAGUCUCAGCCCCGCCCAGGGACUGAAGUCCCCACACCCCCCUCCUUUUGUCGCCUAUUGCCCUUAAGUUUGCACUUCCAGCACCCUGGUGUGAAAGGCAUCCUGGACCCCUUUUCUCAGGCUGCAGGAGUGCUGGGUCCUGGGAUGUCCCCCAGCCACACAGAGACAGUUUCUCACUCGGGACCCCAAGUGCGCCUUUGAAAUGGACCAGGUUGAGGCUUUCUGGCUUCAAGUCCAGCCUGCACUUGAGGUGGCCCACACUCCCUUGGCACCAGCCACCUUCUCUGUAAGAGGGUUAGGGCAGUUCUUAAUAAAGGUGGUGAGCGCUAGGCUCUGUUGCUUCA